AUUAGUUACUAUUCGACACGAUGACAUGACACUCAGAAUACACAUUCAUUAAUAAUUAACUAUACUGAACAUAAAUCGGUAAAGUAGAUAAAUUGUCUAUUAUAAACCUCUAUUACAAAGUUCUAAUAUUUCAUCUUUAAGCACAAUAAAUUGAUGGUCAUUAGCACAACGAACUAUUGUAAUCUGAAAGCACGAUUUUUAAAAUAACGGAGAAAAAAUCCGAGUCACAAUUUACUGAAUCAAUCAAUUACUGAGACUAGCAACGACGUAUUGUGGUGAUAUAUUGUGUAUAAAUGAGUCAGUCUAUUACAACAUUUUCCCUAGAAAGAUUUUAACAGCUUCUGUGUGUGAUUUGAGAAUUAUUUCAAUAUUGGACAAACAAUUAACUCUGGUCAUUUUUUACUAAUCAACAAAAAGAUAUCUGCGGACAUUCUAACAACGUAUUUUCUUUGAUUAAGUGUUCAUAAAAUCAAUUCAAGUUUAUAUCUAAAUUUGGAUGUUCAAAUGUAUUCACACGUAGCAGUACAUAGAUCUGUCAUAAUGUCCGAUUCAACAAAUGGUGCUCCCGAGGUGGAACUGGCCAAGCUGGCCAUCGACGAAGCGAACAAAUCUGGUGCUGCCGAAAGCAAUGGCUCAUCGCCGCGUGACGGAGGUGAUUUUAAAGAGAGCUUCAAAGUAUUCUCUAAAUUUGGUGAUACCAAAUCGGACGGUAAACACAUCACUCUGUCGCAAAGUGAUAAGUGGAUGAAGCAGGCGAAAGUGAUUGAUAAGAAAAUCACCACCACUGACACGGCCAUACAUUUCAAGAAAUUGAAAUCGAUGAAACUGUCGCUGUCCGAUUACAAUAAAUUCUUGGAAGACUUAGCAACGACGAAGAAAGUCGACUUGGCUGAGAUUAAAAAUAAAAUGGCCACAUGUGGUGCACCAGGCGUUCUUCAAGUUAGUGCGGGAAAAGCAGCUGCUGCUGUGGAGAGACUAACGGACACCUCCAAGUACACUGGUUCCUCGAAACAACGAUUCGAUGAAACAGGCAAAGGAAAAGGCGUUCAGGGGCGUAAAGAUGUGGUUGAUGCUUCUGGAUAUGUGUCCGGAUAUCAGCACAAGGAUACAUAUGACAAGGGACAUUAAAAGUCAUCCCGAAAUUAUCUUUUUUAUUUGACUUUUAUAAUUCAACACUUCAACUCAUAGACAUUUAAGAUUUAUAUCGAUGACGACGGUGGGGAGGUUAUUAUUAAAGAAAAUAUAAAAACGACGCGUGAAUGUUCAUCGUUUGAUUUUGCAUCAUGUGUAGCUAAGAAUUAACACUGCUUUGAGUAUGUAAUUUACUUAGUAGCGUUAUUUUGUGAUCAAACUAUUAAGUUUUCCGAACAAUGCAAACUAGUCUUCGUUGUGUUUUUAAAUAUUGUUCAGUUAUCUGUUCUCACAAUAUCAAAAUUUCCUUGAAGUUUGAUAAUUUUUUAACGAUAAGGGUGCAACACUCAUCUUUAUGAAAUCAUUUCAAUACUUAUUUCGAUUUCAAUCGUUACAUGUAGGUUGACAAAAUUCGGAUCGUCGGUUGAGGCCUUGUUGUGACAUACUUUCCAUAUUACGCACUAAAAAGGUGGCCUAAAUAUUUAGUUAUCAGUUAUGCUAGCUCAAUUGAACAGUCUCAAUGCUAACAACAGCUCGUUUCCACGGACAACAUAUCCGACUGCAAUUAUCUUGAAGUAGUAGCAUCUGAACUGCGAGUCUUACAGUAAUGGCCACCACGUUUCUCACACAAACUAGUUUUUACUCAAAUUCUUUCUAGAUCUUAGACCUAUUUGUGACCUAUUUUGAUUCAACAAUGCGUGGUGUGGAUAAUAUAUAUGUUUGAAGCUGUUUAGUUCCAAUACAUUUUCUUUCUGAAUUUUUAAAAUUUCACGAUUUGUUCCUCCAUGAAAGAAGAUUUCACUCAACUUUUUAGCUAUAAAAAAAAUCACAUUUAGUGAUGGAUAAUGGUAAACUUGAGCGAAUCUUAUAUCUUUCAGCAACGGCAACUCAUCUGUUACGGAUAGGGACCAUAAAAACAAUGAGUUCUGGAUAGUCUCAAAGACUUUGCAUCAAAUACUAAAAUGUUGAUGUGCCUCAAAUUCUUUUUAUUAGCUAACACAUUGAAAGCUCAAUUGUUAAAUUUACCAGAUUUUCCCAAAUCUUCCUUAAUUUUCCCAAAAAAUAUUUAUGUGAAAAUUUGGAAAAAUGUUGGAAUAUUUAGGAAAGUAUGGGAAAAUCUCAACCCUGUCUUAAUACGUAAACAAAAUAUAUUUACGAUUACGGCAUAUAUGAUUACAGUUAAUUUCCAUUCAAUUUCUUCCUAUCAACGAGGUUCUUCCACAAUAUCCAUGAUGUUAUGUUAAUUAUUAUCAUAUACGUACUUGGUCUGCAUUUUCAUCUUCAUGAACAGCUUGUAUUCUCGUUGUUUUCGUUGCAAAUUGCACGUACAGCAUUGCAAACACACAGAGAAAAAAUUACGGAUUGUGAAUGUAUCAAUGGAAGUUCUGAAGUACAAAAAAUGCAUUGUACAAAAGGGCCGUAUGUAAAGGAAACGGAAUCAAAACAAAAAGUGUAAUAAUUUGACAAAUCAAAAAUACAAAAAUGACAACACAAAAACCUAUAUAUUUUAUACCUCAUUAACUUUGGAUCAUUUUAAAUUGAAACAAAAAAUCAUAUAAUAUUGUCCUAAAUAUGAAAGAAAAUCCAUUAAUUAUGUAAUCAACAAUUUAUGACUUUAACACUUUGUAUUAGAUUGUGUACUUCCACGUUCCAUGAAGACAUGAAAACAUAUUGCAUAUUAAAAAAAAAGAAAAGAAAAUUAUUUAUAAUUCAAAAUAAAUGUAUAAAACAAAAGAA